UACAGACAUAAGGCUAUCAUAGUCAAGCAAAUCGGGGAUUUGGUUGUCCCGUAUCAGCCCAUUUUAAUUUUGCGUUAAACGAAUCGUCAUAGCCAUAUGCUGUCACGUCUGACAUAGGAUUUAAAAUUUCGAAUUGCAACGAAUAAAAAUUUGUUAUGGUGGAUGUCGUACCGUAUGUUUUUGUGUUGUUUUAAUAAAUUGGUUUCUUUACUUUUGGUUCUUCCGCAAUAUGGAUCCUCUUAAUCCUCUAACGCCAAACAAAAUACAGAGACUGAUGCAUCUAGCCGAAGACGCAUCUUUCAAUAAACAAAUCUAUAAGUUUCCAACGGAACUGAAACCCCUUGGCCAUCACUUAAUAGCCUUGCAAAAUAAUAUGGAAUCCGGGGCCUGUGAAUCUUCAUCAGGGCUUUUGGAUUUAGACCAAAUACAAGGUUUCGGAGAGUCAGAGGCUGGAUCUAUAAGCAAAUCUACUGGCUUCUUCCCGGGAGAGAUGACUGGCCGGUCCACCGGUGCAGAUGAGAACCUCCCUAGUAUACCCAUGGGACUCUCACACACAUUCAGCUUGGACAGUCUUAGUAAACAGUUAGACGUCCAAUCUAAUGAAGUCAAUCAGAUUAUGAGACAUUCUAUUGCUUCAAACUUUUCUCUUCAUUCCAAGAACCUAACAGCAAAUGAAGCAUCCUUUGUGGCAAAGUAUGCCCCUAUCCCAGUGCCACAGGCCCGUACAACCAUACAAGAACCUUCAAUGAUAGACAUGUCUGGGGACUCCAUCGGAGGGUACUUCAGGGACCGGUGCCCUGAGUUUAGCAAGGUGCUCGGCCAUUCAGAUAGCCCUAAUCGGUCUAGCAUGCAGCCCAGCUUGACUGAAGUCUCACAUUUCGAACAACCGGAGUCGCUACAACACCUGCCGUGCAAACUCGACCCUUCCUUAGACAGCGUGCCCGUCCGCCAACCCAGAAUUAUGAACGAGGCAGACGAGCUAGAAAAACAAGCCUUCAAACAACAGGAACAAAUCAACCAGUUACUCAUGAACCCAUUCUGCCAUACAGAUUACAGACUAAAAACAGAAGAAUCUCAAAAUGUAGAUCCGUUUAAGAAGCCUCAGUCUAUUCUGAUGCCUAAUCUAGAGCCUCAGAAGCAAAAGGUUACUACGGGUGCUAGUAAUGAGUAUUUAGUGAAGGCGGUCACUAGGUGUUCGAUUAAACCUACGGGCGAUGAGAGCUCUGUGGUUGAUAGCUCGCUUAGUCUUUCGAAGAUUGCUGAGUUUUUGGGUAACCAUUCUGUCGUCAACGUCUCCGAUAUUAUUGACAAAUAUUGUAAGAAGGACAACACCAAGCCCCUUCAAGAAGCAAACAAAAUACCAAAGCAGGAAUUACCCGUCACCUAUUUAAAAGACACUCGAAACGUCGAAUCCGCAAACAGCGGGGGUAGCGACAAAACAGUAAUUUCUGUGAAGAAUCAGGAGAACAGAGUUAUACCUGAAGUGUUAAUUACGAGGGAUUCUUUAGCUAAUGCUCAGGCGGAGAAGGAAAGUAUUAAGAGCGAUAACACUCGGUCUAAAUCGCCGUCGUCGAGAAGUCGGUCCACUCUGAGCACAGUGAAAGAGAAUUACUCUGCAGAGAGCCCUGUGCGGACAAGUACUGAUGGCGAGGUUAAACCCACUCAUGUCCCCUCCCCAAACUUUGAGUAUAAAGAGUUAGAUAAGUCGGUAGAUUGGCGGGACGUCAUGCAACAGAAGUGUAGGCGGCAGUCCGGCUUGGCUAAUCAAGGACCGUGGAUUGAAAUUAAAACAACGCCUGUUAAAGGAUUUGUGGGUGUAAACUGUCCCACAUCCAUAUCAAUAACGACUAAAUCUGACAACUGGCUGACAGCCACAUUCAAAUACGACCGCUCCGACACCACGAGGCCCCUGCGCAUCGAGCUGCCACAUCAACCGUUACUACUCUCCCCCGGCAAAACCGAACAACUGACUCUAAACAUCACAUCCAACGCUGAACUAUCCACUGACAUACCAUUCAUCAUCACCGUCAAAGAUAGCUCUAUAGAUAGCGAGCAAGAACAGAAAGGAACUCUGUCAGUAGACUUCAAAAUGCCUGAAGUCCAAGCUAUAUCAAGUUUCGGACCUAAUAAAGUUGUAUUUUCGCCGACUCAAGAACGAACUUUACUAGCAACGACUUUGGUUUUGCUAAGCGAUUCAUCAGUCGAUUUACAACUGUCGUUAUCUUUAGUCGAUACAAAGAAUGUGUUUUCACUAAAGAAUGUUCAAGAGAUAAAAAUGAGUGAGAUUAAUAAGAUUCUCGGGGCAGCGGAAGAGAAACACGCGUUGGCUAAACUGAAGAAGGCGAGCUCGGCUGUGCAACUGUGUCGCUUGACGAAAGGAAAUGCUAUCAGAGCGACUGUCGUUUUCGAAGCUCCUUCUUUAAAUAAACAAGUAGGUAACGAGUUGGAGAAGUACCAGGGCUCAGUGGUAGUCAACCUAAUCGGCGUCGAAGCUUCAGUCAAAACUGUAGAGCUGAGCGCCUCUGUGGGAGUCGCAAGCCUACGCCUCAGCACGCAAGACAAGCCGUGUUUCACAAAGGAACCCAAAAUAUUACAGUUAGAAAACGUCGGAUCUUUGCGUGGAACCUGGAGCCUCAAGCAGAAAAUUGAAGAUAGCCUGGUGUUUGUAUUCUCCGUGAAGACCGUGGAGCUUGCUCCAGGAGAGGCGAAGGGAAUCACUGUCACGUAUAAAGGGCCGCAGGAUGUUUUAUAUAACGCAAUGUUAACGUUCGAAGAAAAAUUAUCCAGCGCCAAAACCGUCAUAGAUAUACAGGGUGGCACAGAAAAGUUCCCCAUCAAAGCCAACUGUCACAACCUAUCGUGGGUCCGAAGCGGUCGAAAGGAACUCAGUCUUAAAAACUUCUCCGAUAAAAAAGUUCUAGUUCGCUGUGAUAUCGUCGGCGAUGCGUAUACUAUAGACGUGCCUGGUGUGGACGCGAGGGGAACUAGUUGUAUAAUAAGCUUCAGUCCGAAUGAGUGCAGACUGCUGCCGAUUGUGUAUGCGCCGACGACGCAUCUGCCGAACGCUGCGACGCUGUUUAUGAAGUUGGAUAAGAAUAAUGAUCACGUUAAGAAGAUAAGCUUAUACGGAUGUUCCAGUAGCGACGCCCUACGCUGGGUCGGUCUGGCCACAUACGGCGAGACCGCAUUAGUGAGAGCCGUAGCUCGCUCCUCCAUAGACCUCAAGCUGACCAACAAGUCGCCCAUGCCAGCCUUCGUAUGUGCCCGGGUUAACUUUAACUUGCAAUACAUGUCCCUCGCCGGUUCGUGUAGCCUAAUAGGCGCGCGUCACGUGGUCCGCGGGCGCGGCUCACACACACUCUCCCUGCGGGUAGACUGGGCGCGCGUGGAGCGCCGCGCCAUGGAGGCUAGAGCGCCCACGCUGGCCACGCUCACCGCGCUCACUGGGCCUGAGAUCACCCGCUACCGGAUACUCAGAAUACUAAAAGAUCCCAACACUGGUAAUGUGGAUACCUCCCUGCUUCCGGACAACCUAAAGAUGCUGGUCGGGCCAUUCGAUGGCGAUGAAUUGGAUAUGGAUAGUGUGCUCAAGGAUUUCGAAGAAACAAAGGCGUCACUGGUUGACCUGAUUGGAGGUCUGCAGGAGCUAAAGGCGCAGAUAGACCUGCCCGUCGACCUCUCCGAGGAAACCAUCAUCAUAGUCGAUGACACGGUGUUGGAACACCAUACUCUCUUCGAAUAAACAACGAUCAGGAUCCUAGUUAAGAUGACAAUCGAAUGAUAACAAACUCCAAAUUAAAGAUGGGGUUGAAGUGCUGCGAAAAGUCCGUGACUAUUUAGCUUUGAUGAUCAACGAUUGUUAUCUUAGCUAUGUACUUGAACAUGUCUUUAUGCGCGACUGGUUCGCAAUUUCAUACCUCUUGUUAGAUGGCGAAUCGUAAAACAAAUGGCCUCCAAUAUUCCACAUUUUUGUAGAUUGACUUUUAUCCACGUCUCUCCAUAAUCAAAUGGAUGGCUGGAGCAGUUUGUCAUCUCAACCUAUUUUAAUGUAUCUUACAGGUAUAAUUGACUUUUCCCCUCACUAGCUCGGAAACACGUGUUUUGUCCUUUAAUAUCAGCGGGUAAAAACGCAUUUUAUCCGCUAGUGGGUAAAGUAAUUUGACCUUGAAUAAAGUCAAAUUAACUGCU